AUGUCUUCGACGACGACAAUUGCCCCUUCCAAGGCCAACAUUGGUGUCUUCACUAAUCCUGCGCACCAUCUCUGGAUAGCAGAUGCUCUCCCCACCAAAGAAGACGUCGAGAAUGGAGAAUCGCUGCAUCCCGGCGAAGUCACCGUUGCCAUCAAGAGCACAGGAAUCUGCGGGUACGGAAACCUUAGCAAUCUGCCUCUGUAUAUUGCCAACUGACCUCCCAGAUCUGACGUCCACUUCUGGCACGCCGGCCGCAUAGGCCCCAUGGUCGUAGAAGACACCCACAUCCUCGGCCACGAAUCCGCCGGCAUCGUCGUCGCCAAACAUCCUUCCGUCACCACACAUUCCAUCGGCGACCGCGUCGCCAUCGAACCCAACAUCAUCUGCGGGGAAUGCGAACCUUGCCUGACAGGGAAAUACAACGGCUGCGUCAAUGUGGAAUUCCGCAGUACACCUCCCAUCCCGGGCCUGUUGAGGCGAUAUGUUAACCAUCCGGCGGUUUGGUGUCAUAAGAUUGGGGAUAUGAGUUACGAAGAUGGUGCUUUGCUGGAGCCUCUGAGUGUUGCGUUGGCGGGCAUGCAGAGGGCGAACAUCACCCUGGGAGAUUCCGUUGUCGUAUGCGGUGCGGGACCUAUUGGCCUGGUGACAUUGGCCUGUGUCAAAGCCGCGGGAGCAGAACCCAUUGUCAUCACAGACAUCGACCAAGGACGUCUGAAAUUCGCCAAGGAAUUCUGUCCCUCGGUCCGAACACAUCUCGUCGAUUUCGACGAUACCCCGGAACAGUUCGCGAAGAAAGUAGUAAAACUGGCAGAUGGAGUCGAGCCCGCCGUCGUGAUGGAGUGCACCGGCGUCGAAUCUUCCAUCUCCGGAGCCAUCCACGCCGCCAAGUUCGGAGGGAAAGUCUUCGUCAUCGGCGUCGGUCGUCCCGAGAUCAAGAUCCCCUUUAUGCGAUUAUCCACCCGCGAAGUGGAUUUACAGUUCCAGUAUCGGUAUGCGAAUACCUGGCCACGGGCGAUUCGCUUGUUGAGCGGCGGAGUGAUAGACUUGAAGAAAUUGGUGACGCAUCGGUUUGCCCUGGAAGAGGCGAUUGAUGCGUUCAACGUUGCUGCGGAUCCGAAGCAGGGUGGGAUUAAAGUUAUGAUACAGAGUAUGGAGGAAGGGGAGCGAUGA